GCGCAGCAGCCAAAGGCACGAGCUUUCACUGCGACUACGCGAAUUCUAACCUAACCUAACGUGCACCCGUUUCUCGCUGAUAACAAUUUAUAACCUAGAUCUGAACUGUCAAAGUGCAAGAUGACAUACAUAUAUUAAUUGCGUCGAAUCGUAAAACAUUCCUCAUCUUAGUAACGUGCUGUUUUAUGUAGCGGAUCCAGUGGAGGCUUCAUGAUGUUCGAGUUGCCAGCAGAAUUGAUAGCUAAGCCCUUAGCUCUGAUAGGUCUGACUGGAUUAGACAUUGCAAAUCCGGUGCAUCGUUCCAUCUGGGAUGCGUUCAGCAAUAAUCGCAGGCCGGAUUGCGCAGCCGUUCAAUUCAAGCUGCUCAGCUUGGCGCACGAAUUUCCUACAGUCAAGCCGAAGCGUAGCUCAUACGAAUGGUACAUACCCAAAGGGAUCCUAAAACGAAAUUGGAUGAACAAGUACCUCAGUGACAUUCCGUCUGUAGUUGUUGUGUUCUAUGACUUGGAUUGGAAUGAUCCUCUAUGGAAUGAGAAGAAGAUGGAAUGUGCUUCUAGAGUCCAAUCUUUGAGAGCUGCCCUCGACGGGAGGAGUACGAAGAUAGCUGUAGUAUUGAUACAACAUGCGGUUCAACCACUCCCUGGUGCCGAGGAUGUAGUCGCGACUGAGCGUGCGACUGCGCUGUGUGGAGCUUGUGAUUUAACAGCAAAACUUUUGUACAUCCUGCCGCACGCUGAUCACUUAUUGGGAUAUAUAUCCAGACUAGAGACGGCGUUCUACGACUUGGCGCAAAACUUUUACCACCACGAAUAUCGGAAUGUCAAAGGUCAUCGCGAUCAACUCACCAAGAAUGUCCAUCAGUACUUAUUUGUUCGUCAUCAAUUUAAAAUGGCAUUCUUGAACGAACUCAAGCAAGAGCUGCAUCUCGCGCAAAAGCAUUAUAUGCAAGCCUACCACAAUCUUCUAGAAACGAGAAUGACGGAUGCGAAUGCAGUGGAAAUAAAAACUGUUGCUGGCUUUAUAAAUUAUAAGUUGUGCAGAAUAAUGUUUAAUUUGAAUCUUCCAAAAGAUGCUAUUUCUCAAUUUAGACUUCACACAGAAAGAUUUAAGCUAAAAAUCGGUCCGAAGGAGCUCAUUUUUGAACACCAUGCUUGGAUGAGUAGCCAAUUCUCUACAUUUGCAGAACUGUUUGACGAGGCCAUUCAUCAAGGAUUACCCGCUGUUCAAACGCAACAUCCGGGAUAUUAUUUCCAAUUAGCUGCUAAUCACGCGAGUUUACGACAAUCCGCGUGUAAAGAACUCUGUCUGCAUAUAAACAGCUAUCCAGAUCCGGAUCCAUUACUGGGUGAAGAGAAACUCGAAUUUUAUGGGCAACGGCCGUGGCGACCUGGGAAAUUAAGCGCAGAACCAGCAGACACGGCUAGAGAAGCUAUCGGUAUACAAGCCUUACAAUAUAGGGAGAAGACUGCGGUUAAUCAUUCUAUGAUAAUUAUCGGUUUACUGGGAAAUGCGAUAUCGCAAUUCAAAGUGUACCGUUGUCCAAGAAUGCGGCGAUUAUUAGUCGUGCAAAUGGCAGAGGAAUACUUUAAUGCUAGAGAUUAUGGCAAAGUUCUUACAUUAUUGAUGCACAUGCUGUGGGAAUAUCAUGGAGAACGAUGGCCGGUCUUACUCACAGAUAUCUUAAAGAGUGCAUUGCGAGCCGCUUAUUUGUCGACCAGUAUUCAAGACUAUCUUACUCUGGCCUUUGAAGCUUUAGGGCCUUCAACUAUGUUCUCAGAGGAACGACAAGCUGUUAUUUAUGAUAAUAUCAUGAAUAUACUACAGAAGAAACCGCCGAAUCCAGAACCAGAUUUGCCAGAUGAUAUUAAGCAUCUUGCCAUGGAGAAAUGGACGCUGGAACUCAAUCGUUCGGAGCCAAAUCUUUUUACAAUUGAUGACAAUAACAUGACAUCGUUUGUCGAUCUCAAAGCAAGGUUUCUGCAACAAACGUAUGCGGUGAACACAAUGAUAACGGUGGAAGUUAUCGUAAGGAAUUCUUACCGCGAUGUUAUUGUAUUUUCUAAUGCAUCAAUGACAGUCAGUGGGCCAGGUUACAAUGUUGACAUUCCAAUUGAUGAGGCUCAACAGUCAGACCUUAUUUUUCAACCGAAGGAAACGAAAAAGUUUCACUUCAACUUUAGAGCGCCUCAUCAAAAUGAUGGCGCAGAAAUUCGUAUUAGCACAGUUUCUUUACAAAUGGGUGAUAGCGCGCAUUGCUGUAUUUUAUUGAGAUACUCAGCUAUGGGUAGAGAAACAAAUUUGUUGGAUCGUUUGUAUCCUGAAAUACAACAACUUCGUGGCGGCGAGUUUGAAGCAAUAAGACCGUUAAUUCACGCGGAGAUUAAACAGGAAGAAUCGAGUUUAAGUUUAGACGCAAAAUCCAACAAUCCUGCGCUCAUAGGCGAGUGGCUACCCAUCACGAUAUCCCUAUCAGCUAAGGAGAAUGUUAAUGCAGUCAGUUUAUGUGUAAUACUUGUAUCGGAUGGUAGCAACGAACAAUCAACUGAAUUAAGCGUUAAUAUGCUUAGUAAAGAGUCAAAAAUAUCUAUUACUGUUGGCGAUAUAGUAAGAGACACCUCAAUCACGAAUGUUGUGUAUGUUAGAGCACAUAAAGUAGGUGAUAGAAAUUUUAUAAUAAAGGCGGACUAUACUAGACCCGAACAAAUUAGGGGAACCAAAGAAUUAACAUAUUCGUUGGUGGUUAAGAAACCAUUCGAAGUUGCAACACAAUUUUACACUACGCUGUUCGAACCACUUACAAAGGGUUUCGUUAAUGAAUCUUUUAUCAUUAUGCCUCAUAUUACAUGUGUUUCCCCACGGCCUAUAAAUAUUCUAAGUACAUCUAUAGAAUUGGCGGAUUCCAUUCAAAGAGAGAACAGUCUCGACAACCAGGAGUCCAUUUUAGCGGGUAUUAAACUCUGUGAUGGUGAGACAGGGACUGACGCCUAUUGCUUGAUCCCAAAGAUAGGUGGCGAGCAGCCAAUUAGUAUUGGAGUAUAUACUAUCAAAUGGAAAAGAGCAAAUGAUGAAACCGCAUUAGAAACCAGUAGUAGUGUAACUUUAGCUCCUUUGUGGGUCGAAGAUGCGGUGAUCGGGCUGGAAGCCAAAAUGCCAGCCCAGGGAUGGGUUCGCACGCCAUUCUGUAUAUCGUAUUUUAUAAAAAAUCACUCUGAUUACCUCAUCACUUUGCGUCUAGCUAUGGAGGGUAGCGACGCCUUCAUGUUUGCUGGGCAAAAACAAGUUAAUAUUUACAUAUUGCCUAGAAAUGUUCGAAGAGUUGAUUGGGUUUUACGGCCACUGGUCGCCGGUUUUGUCGCUCUUCCAACAUUAUCGCUAGCUGUACCUACAGACGAGGAACACAAACUGGGUAAAGGACGACUGUCGGAAAUGAUUGAACGUUCAUUGCCGAGUCAUAUAUACAUAUUGCCGAAAUCGCAGUCUUUAGGAGAAUAAAUGAAUUCGACAUUGGGAGCUCUUCCUUCUAAAGAAGAAAAAAUAUAUAUAUCUUUCCUUAAUCAAAUUGUAUUAUAAUAGUAUAAUACACAUUUUGCACAGAC